CGAACUUGUGCUCUCGCGCCUGACCCCACUAUGCAGGAACACAGUCGCGGACGGUAAACGAUGAGGAAGACAAUUCUCUUGUGCUUUAUUCAUGGCUUCAAGGGCGGAGACGACACAUUCGGUACUUUUCCCUCGCACCUCAAAGCACUCCUCCAACAUGCGCUGCCAAAGGUGACGGUCUUGACAAUCACAUAUCCGAAGUACGAGACCAGAGGCGAUUUAUAUGAAUGCGUCGGACGCUUCAAGGAAUGGCUGCAAAACAAAGUUAUUGACCUCGAGGUCGCCAACUCGACACCCUCGCCCACGGUUGACCCUUCAGUACACACAAUCCUCAUAGGCCACUCCAUGGGCGGCAUCGUCGCCGCCGAGACAUUGUUGAGCAUUAUUGGUGAACAGCCUGUUCCCUCGCUGCAGAACUCGCAAACGCAAGAUCGGUCGACCGGUUCACUCCCUGAGACCUCGACCCUUAUGUUCCCGUACAUACAAGGCAUUCUUGCGUUCGACACGCCAUAUUUGGGAAUCGCGCCGGGCGUGGUAGCACAUGGCGCGGAGAAGCAUUGGAAUACUGCGAGCUCGGCGUACGCUGCGUACAACAACCUCGCCGGCGCGUUCGGCUGGGGGCAGAAAGAGACGGCUACCGGCGCUGUGGAUGCAAGCAAAAUGCUAUCAGCCCCAAACACCACGGACGACGCUGCGUCCGCGCCAUUGUGGCAGCGAUACGGAAAAGUAGCCAUGUUUGCCGGAGCCGCAGGCGCGAUCGCAGCAGGUGGCGCCGCAGCCUACAUGAAGAAAGACCAGAUCUCGCAGGGCUGGAGCUGGGCCACAUCACACUUGGAGUUCGUCGGUUCACUGGCCAGGCCCGAGGAGAUGAAGAAGCGGCUAGCUGCCAUCGUCAAGCUCUCCAAAGAGCACGACCUGGGAUUCGCGAACGUUUACACUACGCUCGGUCAUGCUGUCGACGCACAGACGGGCAAGUCCUGGACUGGCAAAGUCGCUGGGAGGGACCGCACGUUCUGCAACCUACCCAAGGGUGAGCUGCGGAAUUAUUUCAUCCCCGCUGGCAACGAUAAGCUCGAGAUGGAGACGCUGGCGCAUAUGGGCAUGUUCAAUGCUAGGAGUAAUCCUGGGUACUACACGCUCAGCGAAGUUGCGAAAGAGCAGAUCAUCGACUGGGCAGAGAACGAGUGGUACGAGGAGAGCGAGGGGCCGCUGAACAAGGAAGAUGAAGAGGAGGCGGAGUUGGUGAUGAAGCCGGAUGUUGAGGAGGUGCUGGGGACGGAGGAUGUGGAUGAGGAGUUUGAGCACGUUAAGAGGGCGGCGAGUACGGAGUUGAGUGAUGGUGAGCAUAGGGAUGGGAAGAAACAGGAGUUGUGAUGGUGUGACAGAUGUGUAUGACUAUGACGGUAGAGGUGGGGGCGUUUGGUGGCUGUAGUAUACCCUAUGACGAAUUCACGAACGCAUGAUCUUCUCUGCAG